AUGGCAAAAUUUUGUUUAAAAGACAGUGAAAAGUAUUACCUAACACUUUCGGAACGACCUAAAAGAUUCCACGCUGAUAGCCCUGUAACUAACGUAUUUUUUGACGACACUAAUGGACAAGUAUUUACAGUGAGAUCAGGCGGAGUGACUGGAGUCACGGUCAAUGGCAUGGACGAUUCUAAAUGCACAUCUUUUAGAAUGGAAGACAAAGGUCCCAUCAUUUCUAUAAAAUUUUCUCCAGAUCAUAAAAUUCUAGCAAUACAAAGGAAUCUCGAAGGUCAAAAUGCCACAGUCGAGUUUGCCAACUUCAAGGAUCUCAUGCCAACAAAUGUUGAAUACUCUCACAUAUGUAAAUGGAAAAACGCGAAAAUAUUAGGUUUUGUAUGGCCUAAAGCCAAUGAAAUAGCUUUUAUAACAGAUCAUGGCAUAGAAUUGUCACAAGUACUGCCAGAAAAGAAACAGUUGAAGACUUUAAAGAGCACAUCUUUUAGUGCUGCCUGGUUUUCUUGGUGUCCACAGAGCAAUAUAAUAUUACUAGCCGGUAACAAUGGAAUUCUGCUUCAACCUUUCUCUCUGAACAACUCCACUAUAACAAAGCUGCAGAAAUUAGAAGUUGAGUCAUCCCGGCCGGUGAUGGAGCGUGAUGUGUUUGUGUUACGUGUGUGUGUGGUGCCGCGUGGUGCGCACUCUUCAAACAUGGACCUGUCUCCAAUACUACAGCCAGCACUGGACCCACUGAGUCAGCUGCCAUCAUGCUCUGGUCUAGAGAGCAGUGGGCCUUCGCAGUUGAGAGCUUCUUUUCUAACGGUCGCUCACUUGUUACUACGCAACAUGCCUUCCGCGCUCGCUUUGAAAUUCCUCCUCACAGACUCGUUCCUGGCCGUGUGGUUGGUCCCUAUAUCUGGCGGAGGAGCCGUGCAGCAUGUGCUCAAGACAGGGCUGGUGGGCAGGUUCGCUGUCAGUGUGAUCGAUGACUUGGUGGUCAUACAUCACCAGUCAAGUCAAACGUCACUCAUAUUCGACAUAAUGGAAGAUUCAAAGCCAGAAAACAAUACCAUAGUCCAUGUGCCUAUAGUACAGGGCAUAUCAAUGAGACCUGCCGUGGUCGAUGAACAACCUUGUCCUAUGUACUCCGGUAACUGGGUGGUGUUUCAACCACAUUAUGUGAUCGAUGCUAGGCUCGGCUGUCUGUGGAGACUGGAGCUCAACUUACCGGGAUUAGCUCAUGAGGUUCCAAAGGAGGAAAUCUCCAAGAUAGUCGGUGUUCUGUUGAGAAGAAACAACAGCAAGGACACCAUCUACAGGAUCCUGAACCAGCUCGUGGAACACGCGGGGACCUACGUCGUGGAACUGACGACCUGCUUUGAUGAGAUCAACACUGUAUAUAGACGAUGGGCGGAUUUGGAGGUGGCUCGCAACACGGCCGGCUGCCCUCCGCCCGCCCGCGGACACUUCCCCGCCCUUAUAUCACAGGCGGACAUGUGCACACACGUGCUGCACAAACACACACACAAACUACUCGUGCAGGUGGUGACGGUGUACCUGUCGUCGUUAUGCCGCUGUGAGUUGGUGGUGCAGCACGCGGUGUGCGAGCUGGUGGUCCGCUCGCUGGUGACGGCGGGGGAGGGAGCUCGUCUGCGGGCGCUGGUCCGGCGCGGAGCCCUACAAGACGGCCGGCCGCUCGCCUGCCAGCUGCUCAGCCUGGGACACUUGGACCCCGCGGCCGCGCAGCUCGCACUAGACAUGAUGUGGAGGCUCAGGGCUUAUGGGGAGAUAGUAGAGGUGCUGCUGAGUCGUGAGGAGGCGGUGUGUGCCGCUGGUGCUGCCCGCCAGGCCGGCGUAUGGGGCUCACUCGCCGCACGGAAACUACUGGCGGCCGCCCAGCAACACUCACGACCUGAGACAUUCCUCGCUAUAUACCACGCGCUGAGAACACGCAACGAAAGACUGAGAGGAACACCGGACUUCCUUACUGGUCAUUAUAUAAUAUCAUGUUAA